GGUAGUGAGAUGAGCAGUGGCACUGAGCAGUGGUAGUUGUGGAGUUGGCCGGUGGAUAGCGGCACUGUGCAGGAGCUAGGCUCAGUGCGACAGGAGCCUUGUCAGCGGUCGGAGCUCGGAGCUAUUCCGCUCACCCGCUCGCCGCGUGUCCCGUCCGUCCCGUCACGCGCACGCGGUCAUACCAAAUUGCCACCAGUCACCCCUCAACACUCGUAGCGUCUUCUUCUUCCGAUUGUGUUAGUCACGGCUCUUUGUUGAAAUAGACAUGGCCGUGAUUUCAUCUUGCUCACACUGAGUGAAGGCAUGACGAUAAAUGUAGCGCGAUUUCGAGAGUGAAACAGUGGGUUAGUGGGAGUGCCGAGGAAGCAAUGACGAGAUAGAGGAAGUAAGAAACAGAACGCUUUUCAAGAUUACGCAUCUACGUCAAUUAGAGACCACAGUAACAACAAUCACCGUAUUUCAAUUAGUUCAGAGGCUAUUGCCUAGAAAUUGAACAAAUGCUACAAGGAAAAGAGAGAACACGAGAACUUAUCGUUCGUGUUGCAUUUUCAAUUGGAUUUGCAGAAAAAAAGACAAGUAUAAACAUUCCUUAAUGAUUACAACAGACUAGAAAUUUACGAAGUAGCUAUCAGAAAUGUAGAUCGAAGUAGUAAACAUAGAUAGUGGUAAUUAUUUCAACUCUAUAGAGUCAUCUCAGUACCUGGAAAAAUAGAUCAGCACUUCUCUAAUAGCGGUGUUUGGUUAUUUCAUAGGUAGGAAAUUCAAUUAUUAUCUACAGUUUCUGAUUGUCUUUGGUGUAAUAAUAAUUGUAGAAAUCAACCAACUACUUCAAAAAGUACAAGCAUGAUCAAACAGAGACAAUUAACCAAGCGAAUUUUUCAAAAUUGAAAAGGAGAUAUUAAUUGGUUUCAAAAAAAGAGACUGUCAGAAAUGAUACUUCUAUUCGACCACUUGACAAACGAAUUUUCCUGUCGAAUAUUGUAUUAUAAGACUUCCAGUUUCGUGACGUAGUCAUGAAGACUAUUAUGUCUCCAAAUAAAGCAAAGAUAUGAGUGAUCUACUGAAUAGGUCUUUUCAGGUCAGUGGAAAGGAGUAGUAGUAUGGACACUAUAAUGAAGAUCUUGUAGAUAAUUCGGUGCCAAAUUCGUUUUUCGUAGCUGUCGAUUAUCUUAAAUUUCCUUUUCCUAAACAUCCAAAUCCAUGGAGGAUCUGGAUAAGAGAAUGGAUCCCUAUGGACUGCUGAUGAUGGCAAACGGCAGCCUGUAUGGAUUAAGGAAUGUGACAGAGUGGAACGAGAGUUCGCUGCUGGGCGCGGGUGCGGGUGCGUUGGAGAACGACGAGUCGUGGGAAGAGACGCGAAGGCAGCAUGUGGCUGAUCUGGCCACAACCAAUUGGCUGUUUGUGGUGUUGUUCGUGUUGAAGGCGUUGAUCAUGGUGUUCAUUAUAAUUGCGGCACUGUUCGGCAACCUGCUGGUGAUAGUGAGUGUGAUGCGACACAGAAAGCUGCGAGUGAUCACCAACUAUUUCGUGGUGAGCCUGGCGCUGGCUGACAUGCUGGUCGCAAUCUGGGCGAUGUGCUUCAACGCCAGCGUCGAGCUGACCAACGGCCGAUGGCUGUUCGGCUACUUCAUGUGCGACGUGUGGAAUUCGCUGGAUGUGUACUUUUCGACAGUGUCUAUCCUGCACUUGUGCUGCAUCAGUGUGGACAGGUAUUACGCGAUCGUGCAGCCACUCGACUACCCGCUGAUCAUGACUCAGAGCCGCCUGGUGGUGAUGCUUGCUGUGGUGUGGUGCUCCCCCGCCCUCGUCUCCUUCCUGCCGAUCUUCAUGGGCUGGUACACGACGCAGGAGCAUCUGCGCUUCCGCCGUCGACACCCCGACCUGUGUGGCUUCCAGGUGAAUCGGCCCUACGCCGUCAUCUCGUCCAGCGUCUCCUUCUGGGUGCCCGGAGUCAUCAUGAUACUCAUGUACUAUCGCAUCUACAUCGAGGCUGAUCGCCAGGAGAGGAUGUUAUACAGGAGCAAAGUGGCAACAGCGCUGCUGAACAAGCACCUUCAGAUCAACGGCAUCUCGGCGGCCGGCCUGAGCACAAUCCCCAGCGACACGGCAACAAUGGUGGACACGAGCAGCGGCGAGAUGCGGCCCUGCGCUGCAAGCAGCAAGAUGAAGCGAGAGCGCAAAGCGGCGCGCACACUCGGCAUCAUUAUGAGCGCCUUCCUCGCCUGUUGGCUGCCCUUCUUCCUCUGGUACAUCAUAACAACACUGUGCGGUGCCGAAUGCCAUUGUCCACAGGCGGUGGUGACAGCCGUGUUCUGGGUGGGCUACUUCAACUCGGCGCUCAACCCGAUCAUCUACGCCUACUUCAACCGCGAGUUCCGCGUCGCUUUCAAGAAGACGCUGCAGUCCUGCUGCUAUCACCUGCUGCUUCUCUUUCCGUCCAGGACGUCACACGGCCACACGCCGCCCCCCCGCGGCACGCCGCCCCCGCAGAUCACCAACAGCAACGUGUCUUCGGCCGCCGAGAUCCACUUUCUCAACAACUCCUCACUGGUCCGGCUCGACGACUGCGCCAAAACGCCCGAACUCGUCAGGCAGUCUGAGGAUGUCAUAUGAAUGUGCUGUGGUAGAUAAAUAUUUCCUCUACUAUUUGUCUGAACUCAAUGUCUGACUCAUGACGGAGUCAGUCACUCGGGAAUCAGCGGUUCAGCAACUCCAUUCCCAUCUACAGUAGUGUUUAUGUGAUUGAAUCAAAUGCUUGUAUGACAAUCAGUUUGAUACUAAUGAUAUUUUUAAUGAACAAUCGAGAGCCGUUAUAAAGAGAAAUAUAUCUAUUUGUCUAUGCGAA